UGCCAUGAGACCCUGUCCCUGUCCUACUCUUUCUGUAUUCUGUGUUUUAUUUAAUUCCUAUUUUGAGGACCAUCUUGCAAGGGUUGAAGAACAGAAUUCAGCAUUUGUGGAUAUCAAAUCCUGGAUUUCCUGGCAUUUUUUUUAUUUUUAUUGGUUGAACAAUAACACAUGAUUUCUCCGCACUACUACAGUCUCUGACACUAUUUUAAACCAAAACCAGAAGUGACAUCCCUGUUCAUCUCUAUCACUUCCUAAAUCUUGUUGUUUUUGGAGAGGAACUGUAUUUUUAGUCAACCACCUUGAUAAGGUUUCAUUUGAUACUUCUCAAACAAUAUCCUCGGCUGGGCCAUUACGUCUGCUCUCUGUGCGUGUUUGUCACUGAACAUUUAUAAGGUUAUUAUAACCUUAGUGUGUGUUUAUUUUUAGUCAUUUGUAAGUUUGCUGACCUUAAGACAAUGCACUGUUAUUUGAAAUUGUGCUUCCUAUUUUAUUUAAACAAUUUGUAAGAAUGGAAAAUUGUUGAAUUAGUAACUGAAGGAAUUCUAUUUAAUGGUUAUUUAUGUAGAUGCAUACACAGUACCAUUUAAGCUUGACAAAACCUUGCCUUUUUUCAUAUUGUGACAUUUUUCCUGUGCAGUCAGUCAAAAAGAGAAAAGCAAAUAAUCUGACAUCUUAAUCUUGUACAUCUUCGUUUUUAAAACAAAACUGUCAUUUUUCAUACUAGCAAUACUAAAUGGGAAAUCUCUUUCUUGUAUUGUGUUUUUGAUUAGAUGAUCCUAAGAGGAUUUAGCAUUGUUUUCAAGCAAAAUGCACUGAUGGAAAGGAUUUAACACUAUCAGGGAUAGAAAAGCCUGCUGAAGUUUUUUGUGUUUUGAAAAGACACCUGUUGAAACACUGUAAUCAUUUGUAAUUUUUAAGUUUAACUCAGUUUACAUAAAAGCCCAUUAUUUGGGCUUAAACCUAACUCAUUUCAGAACAACUAGUGCAUCCAUCCAGAAAGUAAUCUCUACAAAUCAGAGGAAAGAACCCUACAUGGGGCAUUCAAGCUGUAUAGUCCAAACAUACUUUCCCCAUCCCAGUGGCACUACCUUUUGAGCCCAGACGUUCAACAUGCGCACCCCAGGCCCAGAGAGCCCCUCUACGACUGAGGAGGCUCUGCUGCAUGGACAGUUCGGCGGUUGGAGCAGCGGAGGAGGAAGUGGAAGUAACAGCAACAGCUGCCCCAACAGCCCUGGAGGUGUUUCUUUGCCUUCCAGCCCCGCCUCCACCAACUAUGCCCUGACCCUCACACCAACUCAUAUCCAUGUCCAGCGGUUGUCUCCACGUGUUGGGAAGCAGUCCAGGCUGAUCCUGCCACUGGCGGAACUGACCGGAUGCAGCUGCUCGCCGGCCCCUCCUUUGCUGGUGCUUUACUGGUACCCUCCGGGACGUCGCCGGAAAGGUGUCUCUAGACACAGACAGGUGAGGGCAUACUUGGCAGAGAGCAGAGUUGAGGUGGAGAAAUGGAACACUGCCAUACAGAGCCUUCUGAGGGGGAUGGAUGUCAACUCCACUACAGCAUUUUGUAAAAGCAUGUUGCCCCGUCCCCGUCGACUGAUGCUGCUGGUCAAUCCAUUCAGUGGCCGGGGUCAGGCAAUGCAAUGGUGUCAAACUCACAUACUUCCAAUGAUAAGAGAAGCCAAUAUCAGCUACAACCUCAUACAGACAGAGCGUCAGAAUCAUGCACGUGAGCUGAUCAAAGAGAUCUUGCUACCAGAAUGGGAUGGAAUUGUCAUUGUUUCUGGAGAUGGACUCUUGCACGAGGUGAUAAAUGGCCUUAUGGAAAGGCCAGACUGGGAACAAGCAAUAAAAACUCCAGUGGGAAUCCUUCCUUGUGGCUCUGGAAAUGCACUCGCUGGUUCCAUCAACCACUGUGCAGGAUAUGACAUGUGCCUUCGGGAGCCUCUCCUUCUCAACUGCUGUUUUCUGCUGUGCCGGGGUGGGGUUAAACCAAUGGACUUGGUGUCUGUUACAACCAGCCCAUGCACUUCAUCCACAUCCAAUCAGAAUGGGCCCCCACCUGCUCCCAGGAGGCUUUUCUCUUUCCUUUCAGUGGCUUGGGGUUUUGUGUCCGAUGUGGACAUAGAGAGUGAGCGCUACAGAGGGCUGGGCUCAGCACGGUUUACACUGGGAACACUAGUGAGACUGGCGUCUCUGCGCUCCUAUAAGGGCCGUCUUUCCUACCUUCCACCUGCUAUGGUCAACCCAUCCCCCGAUGCCCCACCUCAGCUGCCCCAAAGGCCACUUUCACGUAGCAUUACUGAAGGCUUGGCGGGAUUUUGUCGCACUCCCAUUCACCGCACCUGUUCAGACAUGGGCCUGAGUGAACAAAGAAGUCUCUGUAAGGGAGAUGGGGAGAGAGAGCGGGAAAGGCAGGAGAGAGAGCGGGAGAGGGAGAGGAGGAGAGAGAGGGCAAGAGGGGUUGGGGUAGUGAGAGUUAGCAGUCUCGCAGAAGACAGAGAGAGAGAGGUGGAAGCAGAAGAGAAGAUGGAGGAGACGUCAGGGACCAGCUCGGAAUCAGACGAAAGGGAAGAGUGUGACAGCAUAGCCAGUAAUAAUGGGAACAGGGAAGAAGAGAAUAAACCGGGUGGGGAUGAGAUCGACAGAGAAGACUUGAUGAAAGUGAGAGAUGAGGUAAACGAGUGCAAUGAGUGUUAUCAAACGACUCCACCUGAGAUGAAACACAUGCAAUGUAAAAACUCGGCCCCUUCUAGCCAGAUAAUUAACGCCUUUUUCAGCCAGCCAAUCGGUGCAGACACUGACCAAGACAUGGAGCUGGCAGGCUAUGGCAAGGAGGAUGAAGACAUAAAUGGCACCUACUUUCAACGAGAGGCGUUUCCACUUGACAAAUCUCGUGAGCGAGCCCUCACCAUCUCAUCUUCUCCGUUCCGUCAGUCUCCUUUCAAAGCUUUUAAAUCUAAAAUUUUGGACCAGAACCAGAACCCAUCACGGCCUCGGCCCCUUUCUCUUCUCCACCAAUUGCAUUCAAACUCUCUCCCUCCGAAAUUUUCAUCCCUUUCUCUGUCCCUCUCCCCGACCCCUCCUUCAUCUCCAUCUUGUGCCUCUCCUCACUCUUCUUAUCUUGCGCCACGUCCCAACACACCCAGCUCGUCUUCCCCAUCACCUUCUUUUAAUUCACCGACCCCUUCCUUCAACUUUGACCUUGCAGAGCCUGCAGGACCCCUGAAGAACCGCCCUCACAUGACAUCCUCCAUCAACCUGCCAGAAGAUGAUCUGCUACCUCCUCUGGACCAACCUCUUCCUACAAGUGACUGGGUCACUAUUGAGGGUGAUUUUGUCCUGGUUCUUGCCAUCUAUCAGACCCACCUGGGAGCAGAUCUUUUUGCUGCGCCUCAGGCUCAAUUUGAUGAUGGAUUGAUCCAUUUGACAUUUGUGCGGGCUGGUAUCUCACGGGCAACACUACUAAGACUGUUCCUAGCAAUGGAGAGAGGAGCCCAUUUGUCUGUUAGCUCUCCCUACGUUAGUCAUAUUUCUGCUCGGGCGUUCCGCCUUCAGCCGCUUUCACCGCGAGGAACCCUCACUGUAGAUGGAGAGGUAGUGCCCUAUGGGCCACUGCAGGCUCAGGUUCAUCCCUCCAUGGCCCGUUUGAUUGUUGGGGACUCUGGAAUAAAGAUUAGAAGAUUCUGACCUGUUUGGAUUUGAACAGGCAGGGAUUAGUUUGGCUCUUUGAAUUAUAUAAUAUUUAGUCAUCCGCAUAUUGUAGGGUGGGGGUGGGGAGAGAGACAGAAAGCAAGCAGUUGCUAUUAGGGAUGUAAUGAUUCUCUUAACUCACGAUUUGAUUUGAUUCAAGAUUUCUUUUCUUUUUUUACAAAAUAAGAUUUAAGAAAAAUUAUAAAUUAAAUGUGUCCUUUUAUUAUUGCUUGAACAAAAUGCUGCACAUUUCUUUGUGAAAUUGAAAUAUUACUAUAAUAAUAUACUAAUAUAGCACUUGCAUAUUAUUGAUCGCUUGUUGGAUUUGAUUGCUUCUAGUGUCCUCAUUUGUUAGUCACUUUGGAUAAAAGUGUCUGCUAAAUGAAAAAUUUUUAUAUUA